AUGAGCGUCACGGCUCAAUUUCACGAAUCCACACAGCAUGCUCUGUAUGAUAUCACAUGCUCCAAGCCAGGCGCAUCCGCUAACAUGAAUGACAGAAAGCAGUCAAUUCGCGUCUUGGCCGCGCCGACAACGAGCGAUUUCUGGAACACUUUCGCUAUCUCCUUUGCUUCCCCUGGCGGUCCUGGCCCACAAGAGUUCAAGGUUGCGACGAUAAGCCCUACUGGAGCAGCACUCACAGGCACGACGGCUUUUUCCCUGGUUUGGCUUGUACAUUGGUUGCGGCGCCAGCCGGAGAUCAGUAAAGGGAAAUGGUCGCUGGUCUUCCUGCUGCUUGUUUCCGUUGCCACAGCCGUCUACGGCUACACGCGGAGGCAGUGGCUGCAGUAUCUGAGACAAGAGGCAGUCGAGGGCGCAUCUGCCGUGGUCACAAACCUGCAAGCUUUCGAGGCUUCGACGUCAUCUGCGCUCGCAUUGAUCCAAGAAGUCGAGCUUGUCUCAAGGGGCUACAGACUUCUGCGAGCCGCCUUUGCUGACGUCGUCCCAAUCUUCGUAGAGCAGUGUGGAGUCUUAAAGCAGCUGAUCCUGGAGGAUGAUCUCGAGAAGUAUCUAGAUGUCUACGAUAUCAGCAACCCGGAUCUGCAGGAAGCGGCUUUGGGCUACUCUGAGACUGAAUUCGAAGAUCACGAGACCCUGAAGGCACUUCGCACUCUGCAAUAUCGCCUUUCUACCCUCCGUCGCGUCUAUUUGUGCUCCUUGUUGGCUCUCGAGGCGGAUGGUGGGAAGCCUGAUUUCGCUCGGUGGUCAACCGUGGUAGACUCCAUGCAGUGUCUGGCUCGCCCAACUGGACAGUGGAGCGAAAACUUGAACAACAUCCUGUCCGAAGAGGAGCAGUUCAUUAUACCCUCACCAGCUCAUAUCACGCCUACGCCCGGCAAGGAGAAAUUGCGCAAUUCGGUCCGUAAGCUGUCAGGCCUGUCGCAAGGUAUCAGAGGUCUACAGGCCAAGAUGCAGGUACUUCGAGAAGAAACGAACAAGAGCCUAGAAGACACAGAAGAUGUUCAUGAACUUGGGCGACAUUUGAUGACCCAAUAUGAGUCUAUUGGUGCCGACAUUAAGAGCCUAGUGCAAGCCUGGGAGGCAGGCAAGACCGCAUUGGUACUCAACAUAGAUCGCCAAGAGCGUCGCAUUUCACAUGCAUCCAGUGGCUUGCGCUCGCCAGUUCCAAGCUUAGGUGGCCUGACUGCCGUUGAUGAAGGCAGUCCGUCCGAUGCCCUGCGCGCCCUCAAUGGAGACUUACUGAGCCCCCAGCAGAGUGCGCCAUCGAGCGACCAGGGCAGCAACUCCGACGACGAAGUUUUCGAAGCGAUUGCGAUACCCAAAACUCGAGCCACAAUGUCGCGUGAAGAACGGUCCGACAAGCUUCAGCACGUGAACAGCGAGACGCGAGUACCAACAUGCUGA